GACUAGGUGAAGCCUCGGCAUCUGGGCGUUGUAUAAACUCCGCAUCAAACUGCAAUAAUCCUGAAUAGACAUUCCAGUCUUGCAGUACCUGUAGGUCUACAUCGUUGCCAGUUCCCAGCUCUGUUUCAGUUCGCCAACCGACUUGUUCAUUGCUCCGAGUAUCAGUGUAAAUUAAGGUCAUUUUGUCAACAUGAGUAAAUCACUAGAAGAGGUCUUCAAGGAGUACUGCAGCUUUGGCAAGGGUGCCAAAGGGGCAAAUGAACUGGACAACAAAAACUGGACGAAAUUGUGCAAAGAUAAGGGGCUUAUUGACAAGAAAAUGAAUGGCACCGAAGUCGACAUGAUACACACUAGAUGCAAGACAAAGGGAGGUAGAACACUCAACUUUGCGCAGUUCCAACAAGCUUUAGCACAGGCCGGUAAAGCCAAGUAUGGCAAAGAAAGCGAUGAAAACACAAAGAAAAUUGAAGACAAAGUUUUGGGCGGUGGUGGCCCAGCAACGUCAGGAACCACGGGAGCUGUGAAGGCUGGAGGCGUUGAUCGGUUAACUGAUGCUAGUAAAUAUACUGGAUCGCAUAAGGAAAGGUUUGACGCAUCGGGUAAAGGCAAAGGAAUUGACGGCCGAGUUGACAAAGUUGAUAGUACCGGAUAUGUAGGAAAUUAUAAAGGGGAGGGAACAUAUGACAAAAAAUAGAUCACAGUGUAGUUAAUAAUCUAACUCACUCACGUAUUCAGUAUCAACAUUUAUUUCUCUGCACCGAUUCGCUUUCAUUUUACCAAUGUGACCAAUUUGUGUGAUAGAUCUAAAGUUUUUUAAAACAGAAACUUUUUCUUUUAUUUAUGGGAGAAAAUAGUUGUUGGUACUGAAUGGGUUUGAGUGGAAGAUAUAUUUUGUGUUUAAAUGAUUGCUGUGAAGACAAUUGUGACCUGUGUUCAUUCUAUUUUGGUGAUCUUCAAUAUGGGACAACAUAGAUAUCAAGAGCAUUUGUAAUUACUGUAUAACAAUUAUGAAAUGUAAUUUUAAAAACAGAAAUUCUUUUUAUAUAGUUUUUAAACUAUUGGCUAUGUAUUUUUUGUGUUGAAUGUGUUUCAAAAAAAGAUUGUCAUGUAUUGUUUGUGUUUUAGUCCCUUUACUAUUUGAUUUCCUUUGUGAUUGGUUGUAUUCAAAUUAUGGUACACAAAAGCUGAUCAUUGGUUGGUUAGUUUAAAAUACACUAAAGCUUGCCUGUGAUUGGUUGAAUUGAAAAGAUGUUGUAACAACUCUAGACUGUGAUUGGUUCAAUUGUAAAGAUGAUGAUGAUAUUUUUCUUUUUCAACCUAAUUUGUUGAUGUAUGCACACACAUCUAUUUUACAUAUUUGUUGUGAUUAUUGAUAUCCAAUAGAAUGUCCAACAACAGAGCAAUACAAAAGUUAAUGUGAUGUAGGCCAUUUCAGAAUUAUUACAUAUCUGUAUAUUUCAGCGUCUCAUUGAUAUCAUUAAGACCAUAAUGGCUUGCAUCGCAGAACCCACCAAUUGUUCAUGUCUACCAUUUUCUUGAAAUCUAAGUAUAUUAUGUCUGUUAUCUGUUAGAUUAUAGUUCAAAUAAAGAUCUGUAUUAUUACUCA